AUGGUUUUCCAGCUUUGGUAAAAACUAUUUUUAAAUUGAAUCAAUGAUUAAAAUGAAAUGUGAUAUUUAAUAUAUUAUGUAAUACAAUUUUUGAUGUUGGUACAAAAAUAAUUUAUAAACUUUAGAACAUUUUUUAGUUUUUAAAAAAAGCAAAAAUAUUUUCAAAUUUAUUGUUAAAUUAUUAAAUAUUCAAAUUUUAUCUUGACAUUUUUCAUAUUAGAUGAAUAACAUUAAUAAAAUAAAAUUAUACUUUUAAUUAGUGAUGAGUGGAACUUAAAUUUUUUCGAACACGGACUUAAUUAUAUGUAUGAAUUAUUGAUUAACUUAGAUAAAUUUUAAUUUGCAUAUUUCUAUUUAUUACCACAAUCAUAAUUUGUCUUAGGUUAGGUUCACAUGGACGCAAUCAAAACUGGAAUGUUCUAGUCAAAAUAAAAACUUAGUACAGUUCAAACUGACAUCAAGAAUGGAUGUAAUAGAUGCUGUGUAUUUGUGGGUCGAAUGAUGAGAAGGCGCAGACAAAAGAGGGAAAGGAAAUAUUGGGUUCACCCUAUUUUAAAAACAAGGCUUUCUUUAAGUUUCUAAGUCUUUAUUUAGUUCUUUUACAUUAUAUCCAAAACUUUGAAAGCACAAUGAAAAAUUUUUCAACUACUUUAGAAUGUCCAUUAAAUCAUUCUUUGACCUAUUGGAGAUAAUUAGACUACUUAGAAGCUAGAUGUUCCAUAUGGCAGGCCUGCAUAACAUGUUUUCAAAAACUAUAGAUGAAAAUCCAACUGUUGAAUGGCCCUAUAAUAAUAUAUAAUAUUUCAAUCCACGCCGAAAUAGAAACUUGUACACAUAUAAACAAUGUAUAGGAACACUAUUUAUCUAAAUAGGCAUGUCCAUGUGAAUCUAGCCUUAAUGUUAUUUAAACUUACCACAUUAAAAUUCCAUGGUGAAUAUUUGGUAAAAUGUGCUAUGACACAUUUCUCUUAAUUGUUAUAAGUUCAAAGGAUGUCACACCUGCAUUUGUUGUCCUUGUAUGACAAACACAUAUUGAUAAAAUUGGUUUUUGAAUUUCUGAUUGUGUUAAAACUGUCACCCUUAUGUGUGUGAUGAAAUAAUGGUUUUCAAUUGACUGUAUUGUUCUAUAAAAACACUUUUAAAGAAUAGUUUUUAAUAUACAAAGUAUCCUAUAGUGUUAUCCUUAUGCUAAUAACUACCAAUAUAUAUAUAUUUUUUUAAUUUUCUUAAUGUAAGUUACAUUCAAAUGUUUAAAAUAAUAUUUUUUACAAAAUGGCUAUUAAGGAAAUUUUGAAUAGGUAGUGAUAAAAUAGUUAUUUUUUUUUUUUUUCAAUAAUUAUGGGAUGAAAAUAAAAAUUAAAUUUUUUCUAUAUAUGUGCACUCCUAUAAAAUUAUACAAAACCUGAUUAAAAAAAAAAUGAAUAUUGACAGAAUUAUUAGAAUAAAGAUAACACUAGGGUACCUGUAAAUUUUAAAUCUUUAAUUAUUAGCUAAUACAUUUUUAAAAAAACCUUAAUAAUAUUUUGAAAAAUUAUUCACUUCGAGGAAUGAAAUACGUUAAUAGUGCUAAUUGUUAUCCACACUGUUUUGGAAAUAUGAAAACCAAUGUUAUAAUUUAGGUGUAUAAGGGCAACAAAUCUGGAUGUGGUAUAAUUUUAUAUAAUUAUAAGCAGAUACCUAACAAUAUAUAUAUUUAUAUCUACCUUGCAAUUAUUUUGUUUUCUUGAUUUUGAAUGCAUCUUUAUACAGGAUUGUAAAUGUGAAAAAUCAGCUAAAAGACACAGCAUCUCGAUUGAGUAUCUAUUCAAAAUCAUAUCAAAUUCUCAACAGACUAACCAAAUUAAUUAAUUAGGUACCUAUUCUGAAUUAUGUUUAAGUGUUAUCUUAUUAAUUUAAGUAUUACUUAUUUGAUUUUGAUUUUUGUAUUCACUUAGGUGCUAUUUGAUGUUUACGGAUUGUGGAAUUCUGGUCAAUCCUAUAAAGAUGUUAGUAUUACCAUUAUUAUACCAUUAAAAGGUAUUUGUCAACGAUUAUAAAGGCACUAAUUUAUAUAAAAAACAAAUGCAUAACUAUUAAACUUUUUUCAUAUAUCUAGGUACCAAUAAGAUUUAUAUGAUGUAUAUGACUAAUAUUUUAUAUUAUAUGUAUAUCAAAUAAUCAUUCAUAUCUGUCUAUGGUUUAUAAUCCCUUGAAUUUUACAUAAAAUAGGAUAUAACAACUAGCUUAAUUUGUGUACAUAUAAUAUUUAUAAAAUAUAAUGUAUGCAGCGCCAGAUCAUUGGGGUUGAGGUGGCCAUCCAAGGCACCUGCUUUAGGGGCUAAUCAUAAAAGAAUGCAAGUUAUUAAGAAAAAUAAAGAAAGUGUAUAAGAGGUAAAUUUUUUGUUGGUAACUUAUAGUGAAAAUACCUAUUAUGUUUUUCUUUGUGUACCAUAAUUUGUAAAUCUGACAUGACUUGCCCCAAGUGUGUACCAAAAAAAGAUAUUUCAUUCUAGACACCUAUACUACAAAACAUUUUUAUGAAACACAAACAUACCAUUGGAAAUAUUAUUAAUAAUUUUUAAUUUGAAUAACUUUUAGAUUCUGAAGGUUUGGUUCUGGGUUUUACUGCAAUGUGUGUUUGAAGACUAUUUUUCUACCAGUAAUUUAUUAUCAUUCAAUUUAGGGGCGAUUUCUGGUAUCAAAUUUUUGAAAUUUCUAGAAAUAGGAACAUAAUAUGAUAUAACUAUUUUUGUUGUUUUUGAUUUUGUCUUUUUGUUGUAAUUCAUAGCUUGGUUUUAAUUUUUGUUCAUAACUGUAUUCUGACACUUGUUUCUAUUUCGGAUUUCUUCCAGCAGUCAAAUUUUUUCUCCCUCCAAUUUGAGUCCUAGAUCUAGCAGUGGGCUGUGUUUCAAUUUAUUUGUUACCCAUCAAUUUUUGUUCAUUGAAGUUUGGAUUUAAGUCAGUAUACAACCCAAAUGUUUACAUUACAGAAGAAAGACUUACAUGGGUUUUUACAUUGUUUUAGAAUGAAUUCACAAAUGUUGUAGUGGAUGGUAAAAAGUAUUCUUUGUUCAAAUCAAAUGCUUUUUUCAUUUUUUCUAUAGUAUUAUUAAAACUGUUUAAUUUCUUGAUUAUAACUUUGAAUAAUUUGUACAUCUCCACUAUCAUUAUAUAGAAUUUUAUUAUUUUGUGUUUAUUACUGACUAAUAUCUUUGCUAGUAUGCACAUUUUAAUUUUGAGUAUUGUCAGUAACACAUUUUAUUUCAUCAUCCACUGAGUAAUAUCAUCCAAAUUUGAUAUCUGUACUUCCAUAACCUAUAAUGUGUAUUUUUUUCUUAUUUCUUCUGUUGUAGGUAAAUAAAGAUUUAAAUUAA